AUGGCGUCGAGGCAUAUGAUGUCGGCCGUGCCGCCCGGCUCGGGUUUGACGGUAGGAGACGAACAAUCGCAAAGUAUGACCAUGCAGCAGCAGCGUCGUGUGGCGGCUUUCUUCGUUCGCAGUCUCGACCAUCCCCAAGGUCAGCUAUUUCAAAUGGUCAAGCCGGAGGAUAUCUCGUCCGCGCCUCCCGUGGUGGUCAAACGACCUCCAAAGCCCGAAGUACGGCAGAUCUCUCUGCAGAUGCUGGCUCCGUGUGUCUUCUUUGUCCAGUAUCCCUGUCAACAAAAGUGCCGCAGCCUUGGAAUUUGCGUGCACUACCAGUUUGUGAUCGGUUGUCGAAAGUGUCCCGAUGGGCUGCGGUGUUCGGCUUGUGUGCAGAGCAAAACCGAGGAGGCCAUUCAAGCGAACCGCAAGUGUCCCCUCCAUCAAGACCCGGCGCAGGCGAAUCCCAUUAACAACCGUCCGGAAGACUUCCUGGCCAAUGACGGCCAGAAAGAAGUGUGCGACCAAGUGUUGCAGCGAUCGUUUGACUGUCAGUGGGACGAUAUCCCAACCGUUCCCAUCAGAAGCAUCGAGGAAAAUCCCUGGGAGAUUGGAUGGGGUGACUUUACCCGCGAAAGCACGCCCAAGGAUAUGCAGGACGUCAGAAUGUUAGAGAUACUGGAUGAAGAUAAAGUGAUGACCAUGGCCGAGCAGAACCCAUUCCAGAUGCAGACGGAGAUGGACAUGAGCAACGACACUUCCACACUUUUCGCUGGUCCGAGUGGAGUGCCAGUCGACAUGCUGCAAUUUUGUCCAUAG